AUGGCACCUACAUAUAAGAUAUUCCCCAAUGAAUUUAAACUUCACGAGGACGAUAUUGAAGGAAUUCAGAGACUUUACGGCAAGAAAUCGACCCAUGUACCACCCAGUACUCCAAGAAGGACCAGCCCUGGAAAGACCACACCCAGAAUAACUACAAACACACCAACAGGAAGCAAAGGAUUUUGUAAUCAUUCGUACGCAAAGAUCAAUGCAGCCAUGAGAAUUUCUGGAAACGACUUUGUUUUUGUUGACUACCGCUAUGUUAUCGAUGGUCGAAGUGGGCGCAAAAUGGACGUCCGCAGCCUCUUUCCGGGUGGCCCUUAUAUGGUACAAGCCGCUGUAUAUUCUCAACAAACCCAAAAAGCUUAUUUAUUUAACAAUUACAAUAUAUGGGCCUACAGUCUUGAUUUAGCCGGACGAUUUAAUUUGGCCAAGAAUUUUCCCAAAUUUAUUUACAACAUUUACAGCCAUAAUCCAGAAAGUGCGAUGAGGGUCAAUUAUGGCAUCGAGAGACUAUAUCUCAUCAAGGUUUGUAUAAUUCCCCACCUCUCUCUCUCCCCUUAUAUAACUUCUUUCUUUCUUUCUUUAUUUUGUUUUCCUCCUAUAAUUUCAAUCGUUAUUUAUUUUAUAUUUUCUUUCUUUCUUUCUUUCUUUCUUUCUUUCUUUCUUUCUUUCUUUCUUUCUUUCUUUCUUUCUUUCUCACCUCCCUUUAUUCUUUCUUUCUUUUUUCUUUAUUUAUAUAAUCUUUCUUUCUUUCUAUCUUUCUCAAUGUCGUUUUCUUUCUUUCUUUCUUUCUUUCUUUCUUUCUUUCUUUCUUUCUUUCUUUCUUUCUUUUGUUAUUUAUUUAAUCGUAUUUCCCGCCUUUCUUUAUUUUCUCGUAACGAAUAA